AAAAGCAGCAGUUGGUGCACCAGUUGGUGGGAAACCUGUAACAAAAAAUGCAAGAUUUGCACAAAUGGCAUCAUUUAUAUAUAUGGAAACUCAAAAGUUAGCUAAUAAAUCUGGAUGGGGAUUAACUGAAGAAGAUUAUAAAAAAGGGAUUACAACUAUAGAAGCUAAAUUGGAUGAAUUAUAUUCAUAUUUUAGCCAAAUUGACACUAUUUAUGGAGAAAAACAAAAUGUUCAACCUUCUUUUCUUGAGAAUUUCAGAUUAAAUAAUGAAGAUAAUAUAA